GGCUGCGCUCACUGCCCAGCCGGGGCCCCGGGAGCCUCCAGGAGGAGAGGCUCCCGCCCGCCCUGAGCUGCGGCCUCCGCAUGGAGGGGCCACUCACUCCACCACCGCUGCAGGGAGGCGGAGCCGCAGCUGUUCCGGAGCCCGGAGCCCGGCAACACCCGGCACACGAGACGGCGGCGCAGCGGUACAGCGCCCGACUGCUGCAGGCCGGCUACGAGCCCGAGAGCAUGGCGGACUACCUGAUCAGCGGCGGCACCGGCUACGUGCCCGAGGACGGGCUCACCGCGCAGCAGCUCUUCGCCAGCGCCGACGGCCUCACCUACAACGACUUCCUGAUUCUCCCAGGAUUCAUAGACUUCAUAGCUGAUGAGGUGGACCUGACCUCAGCCCUGACCCGGAAGAUCACGCUGAAGACGCCGCUGAUCUCCUCCCCCAUGGACACUGUGACAGAGGCUGACAUGGCCAUUGCCAUGGCUCUGAUGGGAGGUAUUGGUUUCAUUCACCACAACUGCACCCCAGAGUUCCAGGCCAACGAGGUGCGGAAGGUCAAGAAGUUUGAACAGGGCUUCAUCACGGACCCCGUGGUGCUGAGCCCCUCGCACACUGUGGGCGAUGUGUUGGAGGCCAAGAUGCGGCAUGGCUUCUCUGGCAUCCCCAUCACUGAGACAGGCACCAUGGGCAGCAAGCUGGUGGGCAUCGUCACCUCCCGAGACAUCGACUUUCUUGCCGAGAAGGACCACACCACCCUCCUCAGUGAGGUGAUGACGCCAAGGAUUGAGCUGGUGGUGGCUCCAGCAGGUGUGACGUUGAAAGAGGCAAAUGAGAUCCUGCAGCGUAGCAAGAAAGGGAAGCUUCCUAUCGUCAAUGAUCGCGAUGAGCUGGUGGCCAUCAUCGCCCGCACCGACCUGAAGAAGAACCGAGACUACCCUCUGGCCUCCAAGGAUUCCCAGAAGCAGCUGCUCUGCGGGGCAGCUGUGGGCACCCGUGAGGAUGACAAAUACCGUCUGGACCUGCUCACCCAGGCGGGCGUCGACGUCAUAGUCUUGGACUCAUCCCAAGGGAAUUCUGUGUAUCAGAUCGCCAUGGUGCAUUACAUCAAACAGAAGUACCCCCACCUCCAGGUGAUUGGGGGGAACGUGGUGACAGCAGCCCAGGCCAAGAACCUGAUUGAUGCUGGUGUGGACGGGCUGCGCGUGGGCAUGGGCUGCGGCUCCAUCUGUAUCACCCAGGAAGUGAUGGCCUGUGGUCGGCCCCAGGGCACUGCUGUGUACAAGGUGGCUGAGUAUGCCCGGCGCUUUGGUGUGCCCAUCAUAGCCGAUGGCGGCAUCCAGACCGUGGGGCACGUGGUCAAGGCCCUGGCCCUUGGAGCCUCCACAGUGAUGAUGGGCUCCCUGCUGGCCGCCACUACGGAGGCCCCUGGCGAGUACUUCUUCUCAGACGGGGUGCGGCUCAAGAAGUACCGGGGCAUGGGCUCACUGGAUGCCAUGGAGAAGAGCAGCAGCAGCCAGAAACGAUACUUCAGUGAGGGGGAUAAAGUGAAGAUCGCGCAGGGGGUCUCGGGCUCCAUCCAGGACAAAGGAUCCAUUCAGAAGUUCGUGCCCUACCUCAUAGCGGGCAUCCAACACGGCUGCCAGGAUAUCGGGGCCCGUAGCCUGUCUGUCCUUCGGUCCAUGAUGUACUCAGGAGAGCUCAAGUUUGAGAAGCGGACCAUGUCGGCCCAGAUCGAGGGUGGCGUCCAUGGCCUGCACUCCUAUACCUUUCUGCCGUUUACGAGAAGCGGCUGUACUGAGGACAGCGGUGGAGGCCGAGGUGGUGGAGGGGAUGCACCCCAGUGUCCACUUUUGGGCACAGCCUCCCUCCAUAACUGAGUGGUCCACAGAUUUGCACUACGGGUUCCCCAGCUCCUUUCCAGGGAGAGAGGAGGGGAGGUCCUGAGGGGACUGCUGCCCCUCACUCGGCAUCCCCUGCAGAGCCAGGACUGCUCCCUGGGCCAGGCAGCCCUGGGAGCCCCCCAGAGCCCAGCCAGCCAGGCUCUCAGGCCCUGCGCCUGCCUCAGGUCUUUCUUGCUGCAGCCUGCUCCAGCCUGGCCCCCACCCCAGGGGCAGGCGGCCCCUCCUGGCUUCUCCUGUAGGGCACCUCCCUGCCCCUAGCCCCCCAGGAAAUGGUGCUCUCCUGGCCCUGCCUCUGGCCCUUCCCGGGCCGCUGCCCCUCAGCCAUGUGGCACUUCUGAGCUCCUGACCUAGGCAAAGGGGAGGUCUCUGCCCCCUUCCCCGGCCCUGGGCUACCCUUGGGUCCUGCUCCUCAGGCCACUCCCCAGUCCCUGGCCCUGGGGAGGAGGCUCCCCUGGUCAUGGCCGCCUGCCUGUCAUUCCUGACUCACCACCAUCCCCAGAUGAACCAUUCCUCCCCUCUCCUCAGCUGCAGUUGAAGGCUUUAACUUUGCACACUUGGGAUCACAGUUGCGUCAUUGUGUAUUAAAUACUCGGAAUAAAUCAAGCAGGUCUCAACGCC